CAAGGAAAACACUGCUUCUCUUCAUCGUAAGGCGAACAUGUUAAUUGUUGUGGUUUUAGAACUCACAGCCGUCUUUGUGGCGAAAGCGAAGGAGAUCGAAUCCAGCUCAGCCGUAGAGGAUCAUGUAGCCUCAGGGUCGGAAGUUCAUGAACACGUGACGUAUAUCGACGGGUCUGACCCACAGCUGGUCACAUCCGGUUUGGGGUCAGCGGACGUAUACGGUGAGAAGAAUAUCGACGAAAAUCAAUCAGGAGAAGACGACUUAUCCAGGAGUUCGAUAAUCCGAUUUGGCGGUGAGGAAUUAGCGGGUCAGGUGAUCGACACGGACACGUCUGAGAUUAGCCGUACCUCCGCAGUUCUUACGGGUGACUACAGACGACAUAUCCUUCUUUCUGCAAAUUCUAAAUCCAAAGAAACCGAAAAAAGUCCGCCAAAGCAGGUACAAGACUAUACGAGCUCAACUGAAGAAAACAAAUCUUUAAAUAUUAAAAACUUUUUUUCCUACGAAACAAACUCUUCUACUUCCACUUUCGAUUCUGCGAUAUCAAAACAAAACAUCUCCAAUUUCGCAUCGGAUUUUUCCGUACACCCCGAAUUCUCCAGCUUACUUCCUGUGUCCGAGGGAGUCUACUCUACGGAUUAUAAACCAGGGGCGACAACCGAACCCGGAGCUUCAGCGGCUGGAGUUGGGCCGAGCCCCUGUGUGGAGCAUGUGAGCCGGCCAGUCAGGAGCAACGUGACCAGUCUGCUGGACACACUUAUGCUGGCGUAUGAUAAACGUCUGCGGCCCGGAUUUGGAGGCGCCCCCGUGGUUGUAAAGGCGGACAUCGAGAUCCGUUCUAUGGGUCCCAUAUCGGAGAAAGACAUGGUUUACUCUUUAGACUGUUAUUUCCGGCAAGUGUGGACGGACGCGCGCCUGUCUUUCAACGCCACGGUGGAGCGGGUGACGAACGUGUCGCUGAACGUCAAAAUGCUGGAGCGGAUCUGGCACCCGGAUACCAUCUUCAUCAACGGCGGCCCGUCUUACGUGCACACCAUCACCACGCCCAACAAGUUCUUCCGGCUCUCCCACGACGGGACGAUACUCUACUCGCAGAGGUUGACCAUCAAGGCGAGUUGUCCUAUGCACCUGGAGAAGUUUCCAAUGGACACACAGCAGUGUCCUUUACACAUAGCCAGCUUUGGGUACCCUGUGGAAGAUGUCAUCUACGAGUGGCAUUACGGCAACGAGUUGGCCGCGGUGGCAUCAAAUGACAUGAGGUUAUCCCAGUUCGACCUCAGGGGAAUGCCCGCUUGUAACGUCACAAGGGAGUUCAAGGGAACCCGCCACUCCAUCCUGACGGUUUAUUUUGACUUCAGACGACACACGGGUUAUUUCCUCAUCCAGGUUUACCUCCCCUGCUGUCUGCUGGUAGUCCUGUCCUGGGUCUCGUUCUGGAUCAACCGCGAAGCGACGUCAGACAGGAUUUCGUUAGGGGCGACAACCAUGCUGACCAUGACCUUCCUGGUGCUGGACAGCCGCAAUGACCUCCCCCGAGUGGCCUACUCUACUGCCCUGGACGUGUACGUCUUCAUGUGCUUCUGCUUCAUCUUCGCCUCCAUCUUGCAGUUUGCCGCCGUCCAUUUCUUCACCAAGUACGGCACGGCCGAGUGGGACAUCCGCCCUGUGCCAGAAACGGAUGAGAAGGACGAGGAUGAGGACGAAGGAUUCGACUCGGGUGAAACCAACCAUGAAAACCCUGAGCAUGAAGAGGUCGAGUCAGCAUUUUCCUGCCUGAUGAAGAUGUGGCGUUGUAUCAUGAGCACUAGAAGUCACAGAUUUAACAAGAAUGUCAGGAACUCUUUAGGCUUGAACAGUGUGAGUAAAAUUGACAAAGUGGCGAGAGUUAUGUUUCCUGUCGUCUUCUGUGGCCUCAACAUUGUUUAUUGGAUGUCCUACUGGUAG